UCACAGAAACUAGAAACUCCAUUACGCUCUGUACCAUCGUGUCGUGCGUAUAUAUAUACGUUGUACAAUGCUUUUUGUGUUUCGGUGUUUACGAUUACACACGGAUUUUGUUUAUACUCUACGAGCACGUAUAUAAAUCUAAUCAUUUUCAUCCUAAUCGUUUAUCAGUACUGUUUUUUCAAAUUCUUUGAUGUUAUCAUUCAUUCAGUUCUUUGUGUAGAAGUUGAGUGAUGUGUUUAAUGUGAAUAUAAAAGUGAACGUCUAAACUCUUCCUGUUCGAUAAAAAUUGUGGGAUAAACAUCAAGAAAUAGAUACGAUCUUAAUGUUUUUAAAAUAUUACUAUCGUCAAAAAGAGAUCAAACACUAACCUGCGAGUUGUACUUGUUUCGAACAAAGGAUUGCACACGAAAGAAUUAAUUGAGCACUGAUCUUUUAUUUAAUUGCAAACCGAAUUAGAGAGAAGUGUUAUUUAGUCUUUAAUUGCCAGAAACAUAUAAAGUUUUGGCUAUUUUAUUAUUAUAUUUCACAUAAAACAGCAGAUGUUUAAAAAAUGUAAAUGCAACGAGAGACCACACACACGAGUGUUCAAUGUACAAAUGAACUGUGUUCACAAACUCUGUGCUUUAGAAUAUAAUAUCAUCUUCUACCUCAAGCUUUCUUCUUAAUUAUAAUUUGAACAAGUGUACCUUUUUUUAUUCUAUUGCAUUGCUUGAAAGCAGUGAUAGGAUUAUUUAUUAUAUAUUGACUUGUGAAUUACUGUAAAAGUGAAUAAACAUGACAUCUCCGGAAAUCGAUGAUCUGUUAUCUGGGCCUUUGGUAACAUGGUUUGCCAGUUGCUUAGAGGACCCUAAUUUGUUAACCAGUUAUAAUGAUUUGGUGGAUGGUAUAUUAUUACAUAGCGUAUUUUUACAAAUAGAUCCAGAGCCAUUGCACGACGAAAUUAUACCUCCAGCAGGAAAUGCUUUGAUCCGCACAAAGAAUUUAAAAAUAAUAGUAAACAAUAUGAGACAGUUUUAUGAAGAGGAGUUAGGUCAUAUAAUCCUCAGGUUACCAGACAUUGCGAGCUUAGGCAAGGAGCCAGAACUUUACGUUCCAGAAAUGAAGCUACUAUUGUUAUUGCUUCUUGGAUGCGCUGUGCAGUGUCCUAACAAAGAAAAAUUUAUCACGAACAUAAAAGCAUUGAACGUUGAUACUCAGCUUGCUAUAGUAGAAUGUAUCAAACAGGUGACCGAUCACCAAGACAUAGUUAUUACUCAGGAGGCGAUGGAGAAUGUAAACAUGGGCUGUUUAUUCACGCAAAUAAGGAAGUUGACUCAAGAACUAGAUUUAUAUCGUCAGAAAUGGAGAGAUACAGUGGUAAAUGAAUCUGUUGGAAAAAACGAUUCGUCGAUUAGCGGGGAGGUUGAGGAUAUAAAUAAAGCGCAACAGUCAAAUCCCGUUGUUAAAUCAGAACGCGAGGAGAAUCAUCAUUAUGCAGUCGAGUUGGCUGAUUGGAAAUCGAAAGUUAGAAAACAACGACAAGAUUUAGAAGAAAAAACAGAAGCAUUGUUGGAAUGCAAAGAAGACCUCGAAUACCAUAAAAUAUUAGUUACGAAAUUAAAGCAAGAGAACCAAGAAUUGAUGCACGAAGCACGCACAGCGAAAUCUUACAGAGACGAAUUAGAUGCGGUAAUUGAAAGAGCUGAUCGUGCUGAUCGAUUGGAAUUGGAAGUAGGACGAUAUAGGGAAAAACUGACGGAUAUAGAAUUUUACAAGACUCGGAUAGAGGAGUUACGCGAAGAUAACAGAGUAUUGAUGGAGACGCGAGAGAUGCUUGAAGAACAAUUGAAUUCAUCACGAAGGAGGGCAGACAAAGUGUUAGAACUUGAGUCUGAGAUCAUUAAGUAUAAGCAAAUGUUGAACGACAUGGCAUUGGAACGGGCGGCUGAUAAAGAAAAAUAUCAAGAGCUGUUUGAGGAAAAUACUCAGCUGCACAAGUUGACGAAAGCCGCAACGAACGAAGCUGCCUUGGCUGGUGCUGUAAGCGAUUCCGAAGAACCAGCGCAAGCUGAUAAUAGAUUGUCUGAACAACUGACGAACAACGCGCAAACACGGGCAUUGAAAUUGGAAUUAGAAAAUCGUCGAUUAGUUACUUUAAUAGAUUCGUUGAAGGAAAGUUCAUUCCAUGAAAACUCGUCCCGCGUAUUGGAAUUGGAGAAAGAGAAGAAGAAACAAUCGUUGAAGAUCGAGUCCUUAAACGAUAAUGUAGAAAGGUUGACACAACAAAAUACGGAUUUGGAAUUAGUGUGGAAACAAGCGCUCGAGGAGAAUAAGAAGUUGCAGAAUUCUCUAAAGAAUCAGAAGUCGUCGUCCGAAAAGCAGCAACAAGAGUUUCAGGAGAAAGAUGUUGCAUUGGACAAAGCAGCAAACAGCAUUGAGGUAUUAGAAAGGAAAAUAACGCAACUCGAACAAGAACUUCACGACUCCGUUACACAAAUUUCAAGAUUGCAAGAAAUCGAAAGGUCCAGUAAGGAACUGGAUUCGCGAGCAGCUAUCGAUAGGGAGACGUUAGAAAUCUUACAGUCAAAUUUAGUGGCCGAAAAAUUGAACACGCAGCAGUUAUACACGAUUCUAGAGAAACUUGGACUUACCGAUAACAUGCUAGCGUCGCUUCCAUGGGAAAAUAUACUUAAAAAAAUCGCGCAAAUUCCGGAAGUCGUUGAAUAUAUAAAAGAAUCGAACGAUUCUUGUAAAAAAUCAGUACCUGAGUCUACAACUUCCGAAAAUAAUGAGACUAGUGAUAUUCAUAGUACAUUAGAAGCAACUGUAGAAUCGCUUAAGAAGGAGCUGGAACAUUUGAAUAUGAAACUGGUUACCGCGCACACAGCUUCAGAGAAUCUGUUGUCUGAAAAUACCAAGCUUGAAGUACAAAUAACAACGCUACAAUCGCAGAAUAAUUCUUUGGCGGCGCAACACACCGCCUUACAACUCGCCAAUUCGCAACUCGUUGCUGAGAAAGAAGAGUUGUUGAAGGAACGCAGCGCACAACAACAAGUUCACGCACAACUUGUUCACGAUCAAGUCACAUUGCAAGCGUUGCACGAACAAUUGAACAAUGAAUACGAGAAUCUAUUCCACGAGCACGAUGCUUUGAAAUCGAAUUUACGGGAUUUGAAGAAUGAGAUCAGGACGUUACGCGAAUCGAGCGAAUGUCUUAAAGUAAAGAAUAUAUCGUUACAAACGGAAAAGGAAUCGUUAACGAACGACGCCAAAAGUUUGAAUAAUUUGAGGGGAGAACAUUCAAAAUUAAAGGACGACUUCAGAAAUUUGUAUACUGCCACGGAAAAAUUGAGAAUGGAAUAUAGGAAUUUACAGGAACAAUAUAGGAAGAAUAAAAUUGAGAUGAAUCGGCUGAGUCUAAAGUUAACUGAAAUGCAAGGCGAGCUUAGCAGCAAAGAUGAUAAAUGUUCCAAUCUAGAACUGCAAAUUAAUAAGUUGAAUCAGCGUUGCGAGGUGCUAUUACACAUGAAUUCCGGCUUAGAUAACGACAGACGAUCAUUGAUGGACAACAUUAGUUUAUUAUUUAGCCAGUACCACGAACUCUUAAAUCAUUCUCUUGAAGAUAAAGAAUAUUAUCACAAUGAGGAAAAAAUGUACGCAGAAAAAGUAAAUCAUCUGUGUAGGCAGAAGGAAAAAUUAGAAGACAAGAUCAUGGAACAUUACAGAAAACUAGAAAGUUGUACUCCAAAAAAGAAGGGAAUUGGAGCUAAUAUUUUUCGCAGAGUUCGAAAAGCUGGGUCAGAAUUUCUUAACAAGAAUCGACGAUCUUGGGCCGAUGAUUCGAAACAGUCUGAAGGAAAACCUUACGAGUCUGAAUCGGGGGGGAAUGACUCCGAUGCUAGCACAGAAGAUCAACGAUUAGCGGGCUCAACUAGAGGUCUUGGAUCGGACUCAUUAUCAUUGGGACACCCAGGUACGAGAAGAACAGUAUAUUACACUGACGAUUCCCCGCCGCCAGCAACUAGCUUGCCAGAACAAGGAGACGAUAGACAAUCGGUAUUGUUGGAGCAAACGCCGCGGUCGGAAGUGCAGGUGGAACCACGACCGGUCCUCAUAUAUAAUAAAGUGUCGGCCGUUAUAAACGAAUCGAAGAACCUUAACAAUAGCGGGAUGAAAGAUGUGGGACAAGAAGAACCGAUGGUGGAAACCCCACUGGAUAAGGAUUCGAAAGCGGGCAACCAAGUAUGGUACGAAUACGGCUGCGUAUGAUUCCAUUUGCUUUACUUCCACUUCGUAUUCGCGUGCUUGCCAACAGAUUCGUGCUUUUUUGUAUUUUGUAAUAGUGUGAUUUAAUUAUUUUGUAAUCAGUCGAUGUAGCGCAUUUGUAUGCAUUGUAUUGAAAGACAUAUACGCGUGUUCAACGUUUCAAAAUCGAAACAUUAAUUGAGUUCCUAAGGUUCAUGAUGACAAUGUUUAUAUCAGAUAUUGAUUUUAAACAAAAAAAGAAUUCUCGUAUUAUUAAUUCCAGAUCGAUGUACAAUUAACAUUGCACUGACAUCGCUCAAUAUAAAUUUAUAUUAACGCUCAUAUACAAAUGUUGAUCAGCGAUGUCAGUGCUAUGUUAAUUGUAAGUCGGUCUCGAAUUAAUAAUGCGAGAACAUCCUCGUUUGAGAAACGCUGUAACAAUUGUAUAAAGUAUUAAGAAAAUGACCUAAAUAUUCGACGGGUAUUGUCGAUAUUUAAUUCGUUUCUAACUCAAUCAAUAAACUAAUUAUACUAA